UAAAAGUCGUAGUUUGUUUAUCCAUAUCCGCAUUUCCGCUUGAAGUCGCAUUCUUUUCCCUCUUUCGCUUCUAGGCUUCAACCUCCACAAUCACCAAUCACUCCAAACAUAUAACAAUCUUCAACCUCAACGUUUUCGGCUUUUCUUCGUACAAAAUCUUUUUUUUUUAAAUGGUUGGAGUUGGAGGAGGAAUCAUUUAGUGGCGGCUUUCAUUCAUCGAUCCUUAUGCUGAAGAAAACAGGAAAAAAUGGUGUUCAAAAACAAGCUUUUCUUUUCCUCUUCAAAGAAAUCGGAUUCUUCUAGUCCUGAUGGAUCCAAUAGCCCUCGAUCCACUUCCGAUUCCCCGAUCCGAUUGGACAAGAAGAAACCCAAAGCUUCAACCUCAAACCCUGAUUCCCAAAAGAUCCGCAAUUCCACCUCCCCUUUUAGUCCCGUAGCUUGCAAGCAAACCCAAGUCAAAGAUAGACUCAGAAGAAAGGACCUUAAACCCAAAGAACCCCAACCCCAAACCCCAGCUGCUAAGCCCUCUUCUUCUACCUCCAAGAAGCCCGAUGCCAGGGACGGGCCCUCCUCUGUGUCGCCCCUUCUGGCGUCUUCCUUGGGGUUGAAUCGGAUUAAAACCCGCUCCGGCCCCUUGCCGCAGGAGAGUUUUUUUAGUUUCAGAGGGGAGAAAAGUGCUGCGGCUUCAGUGCUUGGAGCUAGUAACUUGUCCAGGCCUGGAGGUUCGAGUGGCGGUGGCGAUGGGAAAUCCGGUUCUGAGAAGAAAGACGGGUUGAACCAGAGGUUGUUGCCAGAGAGUUUGCUUGAUAAUGUGAGCAAUUCGGAAAGUAUGUCCGCUGGUCGGCAAUCAAGAGACCAGAGUCCGUGUGUGCUGGGGAAGUCCCGAUUGCAGAAUGGGGAAUCAUCUUCGGUAUCUGGGCAACACGAGUCAUCAUGGGGCCACUCUGGAGGCUUAAAAAGUUCAGAUUUUUGUACACCGGAGAAUUCAUAUGAAUGUGAAAACCCAAAGGAAUCUGAAUCACCUCGUUUUCAAGCUAUCCUUCGUGUUACAAGUGGGCCUCAGAAGAGGUUUCCCGCCGAUAUUAAGAGCUUUUCCCAUGAAUUAAAUUCCAAAGGUGUACGGCCUUUUCCACUUUGGAAACCUCGACGCUUAAACAACUUGGAGGAAAUCUUGGUUGUCAUUCGGGCAAAAUUUGACAAAGCAAAGGAGGAAGUGAACUCUGAUCUGGCUAUUUUUGCUGCAGAUCUGGUUGGAAUUCUUGAAAAAAAUGCUGAAAGUCAUCCUGAGUGGCAGGAAACUAUUGAGGAUUUGCUGGUUUUGGCUCGAAGCUGUGCUAUGACACCACCUGGUGAGUUUUGGCUUCAGUGUGAAGGCAUUGUUCAGGAGUUAGAUGAUAAGCGUCAAGAGCUUCCUCCGGGCAUGCUGAAGCAGCUUUAUACCCGGAUGCUUUUCAUUCUCACCAGGUGUACAAGAUUGUUGCAGUUCCACAAAGAAAGUGGGUUGGCUGAGGAUGAACCUGUGAUACAACUUCGUCAAUCUAGAGCCCUGCAUCCUGUAGAUAAUAGAACUUUUUCAGGUGUCCUAGGAGAAGCAAAAAGUUUGAGUGCAUCAAAGGCAUCGAAAGCUACCUCGUCUAAGAAAUCUUAUAGUCAGGAGCAACAUGCCUUGGAUUGGAGAAAGGACCAUUUUGUACUGCCAGGAGGUUUUAUUGCUCCUACCGAUGACACACCAAAGAACUUGGAGUCUCCUUCAAGCAGAGACAGGAUAGCUUCUUGGAAGAAACUCCCAUCUCCUGCCAGAAAAGGUCCAAAGGAAGUUACUGCUCUCAAGGAACAGAAUGAUAAUAUGAUUGAAACCUUGAAAACAACAGGAGCUUCUGAUGUAGAUCUGACUGCUGUUAAGCUUCAGGAGCUUCCUUCUGUAAAAGAAUCUAAAGAACAGUCUUCUAAGCAUCAGCACAAAGUUUCUUGGGGUUAUUGGGGAGAUCAACCGAAUGUUUCUGAAGAAAGUUCUAUAAUUUGCCGCAUUUGCGAGGAGGAGGUUCCCACCUCAAAUGUGGAAGAUCACUCGAGAAUAUGUGCAGUUGCUGAUCGAUGUGAUCAGAAGGGCUUCAGUGUUGACGAACGUCUUGUAAGAAUUGCUGAAAUGCUUGAGAAGAUGGCUGACUCCUUUGCUAAUAAGGAUAUCCAACAUGUAGGGAGCCCAGAUAUUGCUAAAGCAUCAAAUUCGAGUGUGACUGAAGAAUCUGACGUUCUAUCUCCUAAACUAAGUGAUUGGUCCAGGAGAGGUUCAGAAGACAUGCUUGAUUGUUUUCCCGAAGCAGAUAAUUCAGUUUUUAUGGAUGACCUUAAGGGUUUGUCUUCCAUGUCAUGUAAGACUCGCUUUGGUCCGAAGUCUGAUCAAGGAAUGACAACAUCGUCUGCAGGAAGCAUGACUCCUAGAUCUCCUUUAUUGACACCAAGAACUGGUCAGAUAGAUUUGUUAUUGUCUGGCAAGGUAGCUUUUUCUGAGCAAGAGGAUAUUCCACAGACCAUGCAGAUGAAUGAACUUGCUGAUAUUGCCAGAUGUGUAGCAAAUACGCCAUUGGUUGAUGAUCAUUCCAUACCAUAUUUGCUAUCUUGUCUUGAAGACUUGAGACUUGUUGUUGACCGCAGAAAAUUCAAUGCACUUACAAUAGAAACAUUUGGGGCGCGCAUUGAGAAGCUGAUCAGGGAGAAGUACUUGCAGCUUUGUGAGCUAGUCGUGGAUGAAAAAGUUGAUAUAACAAGUACCAUCAUUGAUGAGGAUGCUCCUUUAGAGGAUGAUGUGGUUCAUAGUUUGAGAACUAGCCCUAUUCAUUCAUCUAAGGACCGUACCUCCAUAGAUGACUUUGAGAUAAUAAAACCAAUUAGUCGUGGAGCAUUUGGGCGCGUUUUCUUAGCUAAAAAGAGAACAACAGGGGAUCUUUUUGCAAUAAAGGUUCUAAAGAAGGCAGAUAUGAUUCGAAAGAAUGCAGUUGAAAGUAUAUUAGCAGAGCGUGAUAUUUUGAUUUCAGUUCGCAACCCAUUUGUGGUUCGAUUCUUCUAUUCAUUUACUUGCCGUGAGAAUUUGUAUCUUGUGAUGGAGUAUUUAAAUGGAGGAGAUUUAUAUUCAUUGUUGAGAAAUUUAGGCUGCUUGAAUGAAGAGGUUGCUCGUGUAUACAUAGCGGAAGUAGUGCUUGCCUUGGAGUAUUUACAUUCUCGGCACGUGGUUCAUCGUGAUUUGAAGCCUGAUAAUUUGUUGAUUGCACACGAUGGUCAUAUCAAGUUGACAGAUUUUGGGCUUUCAAAGGUUGGUCUCAUCAAUAGCACUGAUGACUUAUCUGGUCCAGCAGUUAGUGGCACAUCUCUACUUGAUGAUGAGCAACCUCAAUUAUUUGCAUCUGAGCACCGGCAAGAAAGGCGGAAGAAACGUUCUGCUGUGGGUACACCUGACUAUUUGGCACCAGAGAUUCUUUUGGGAACAGGACAUGGUGCAACGGCGGAUUGGUGGUCUGUGGGCAUCAUUUUGUUUGAACUGAUUGUUGGCAUUCCACCCUUCAAUGCAGAACAUCCGCAGAUAAUAUUUGAUAAUAUUCUCAACCGUAAAAUACCUUGGCCACGGGCACCAGAAGAAAUGAGCCUGGAAGCACAAGAUCUAAUUGAUCGACUGUUGACAGAAGACCCCCAUCAGAGACUUGGAGCUAGAGGAGCAUUGGAGGUGAAGCAGCAUGUAUUUUUCAAAGAUAUCAAUUGGGACACUCUUGCAAGGCAAAAGGCUGCCUUUGUUCCCACUUCAGAGAGUGCACUCGAUACUAGUUACUUUACAAGUCGCUACUCAUGGAAUACUUCAGAUGACCAUGCUUAUCCUGGUAGUGAACUUGAUUAUUCCAGUGAUGCUGACAGUUUAAGUGGCAGUAGUAGUUGCCUGAGCAACCGCCAAGAUGAAGUGGGAGAUGAGUGUGGAGGCCUGGCUGAAUUUGAAUCUGGUUCAUCUGUCAAUUAUUCUUUCAGUAAUUUCUCAUUUAAGAAUCUGUCCCAGCUCGCAUCGAUUAACUAUGACCUGCUUUCCAGAGGUUGGAAGGAUGAUCAUCCAGCAAAUCCUAAUGCAUAGGAAGUUCCUCUUCUUUGUGAGAGCUUGGUUAUUUGACAUUAGAUUGAUGUGGCAUAUAUAAGGAGUGUCAUCACCCGUGUUGUUUGUAUACCCUGUACAUAGAUAGAAGAUAACUUGGGAUUGGAAUUGCUUCGGGAUGUGCUGUUUUAAUAGGUAACAACCCUACACUGGGAUUUCAAUUUUACCGUGCAGCUGCUUGGACUCUUGAGAACCCUAAUGUAUCCUGUUGGUUAUGAUCUUUUGGCCAAUGGUAUAAUUUGUGAUUUUUUUGUUUUUUAUCCAUAGUCUUCAGGGCAAUGAAAACACAUCCCUUUAUGUUCAGUUGAAAAGUGUUUAGGCUGUUGUAAGAAUUGCCAGAUGCUUAGGAGAAGUUAUAAUUUUGCCUUGUUUUAAGGUUGGAAAAUGUCACUUCUAAGUAAUAUGUAUGAAAUAUGAGAAGGCCUUAUAUUUUGCAUUGAA